CGCACUGACGCUCCUCCCCGUCGCUUGGAGCGGGGCGCGCAGCGCAGCGCUCGGCUGUUGGUGUUUCUGUCGGCGCCGCUCCGUCCACUGUGCCGCGGGUCCGGCGCGUCAGCGGUGAUGAAGCCGUGUAAUGUAACGUGUCGCAGCGCACGGACUCCCUAACACGCUGCGCUUUCUCUUUUCCUCCUCCUCCUCCUCCGCUGAACAUGGUGUCUGCUGGCUAGUUCCAACUCCGGACUGCUCGUGUGGUUUUUUUAUCCCCCCUCGGCGAAGCGCACUGAGAUCAUUCGGUGUCCUGAGAUGACGGAAGUAGAGCCGGUGUUGGACUUUGCCUCCUCGGGACGCUCGGGGAGGAGAAACGCGCUGCCUGACAUCCUGGGCUCUCCAGCAGGCGUAAACCCUGGAGACCUGCCUCUUAAACUAGCUGAGAUGUCCCUCGAAGAUGGUCCGGGAGGGGCCCAGUCGCCCACGGCGGAGGAGCCCCCAGCGCCGCCGGAGGGCUCAGAGGGGAAAGAGGGAUCGUAGAGACUAGUUUAUUUACCUCCCUGGAGACCUGCAGAGAUCACCUGAGGGACGGGAUGAGGAGCGAGAUGGAGGGGAGUGACCUGCGGGCGAAGGCUUGACGAUCUGUGUAGAGUCAGUCUGUCUGCAGAGCAGCUGAGCCACGGAGGGAGAGCGACGGACCGACUCCCCAAUGACUGAGGCCAGGAGCCAGGGACUCAUUGGGACCAUCUGAACACAGUCAGACGUUACCUAGUUAUGAACCACUGAGUUUGUUUGUGUGUGUGUGUGUGUGUGUAAGUCAUACACCCACUGUUGACACUAAACUGAGAAUCACAAGGACCGUGACAGAUUGUUCACUACUAUUUUUGUAUGAUUCAAUUAAAACUAAAGAAAAAGGAAUUCCUAAGUCAAACUAGAAGAUGUACGAUUUCCUGCUGAUUUGUGUUUUGUCGUGAUGUGUGUCAUAUUAUGCUGACAGGAAGGGGUUUGACAGCAGCCUGCUCUGCCUCAGACCUUUUCAAGAUGCAAAUAGUAGAUUUGAGAAAACUGGGAACUCCCGCUCUCUUAUGCUUUUACACUAAGUGUGUAUUAUCCACAAAACAUUUUCGAAUCAGAGGUCGUUGUAGAGUUUAUCUGCAUUGUAAAUGUACAGUUUCUAACCCCUCCUACCCAGACUGUUUUGAACCGAGCAACAACGACCUGGGAUUUGAUUCUUUUUGUAGGUGUCCAUGUGGUGCAAGGUGAUAAUAUGAAAUAGCAUAUCUUGAGACAUUCCUGUAGAGAAUAGUUUCCCACUGCCAACAAGGUACACACUGUUUCAUUAUUGUACCGAAAAAAGUCUGCGAUGUCCUUUUAAGCUGCUUUUUAAAGUCUCUUCAUUUUCCAAACCUCUGAAAAUGUGUCUAGCGGCAGUUAAUAGCCAAGAACGUUGUGUUCUUUCUCUGUGAAGUACCAAUAUUAACUCUUCUGGGCUACUGAUAUUUCCUCAGUUUUAAUAGGGGGUAUCACUGCGUAAAAUGUAAAAGAAGAAAAAAAAAAACUUUUGUAACAUUCUGCAAACCUGCACUUGCAGAUCCUACAAUCUCGUCAGGAGAAGCGCUCAGUUUUUGCGUAAACUUCUGCAGGGCUUUUAUUUUUUGUCUGCGUGAGGCUCCACACGUGCUUCACAUGGUGUCAACAGCAUAUGCCCGCUGCCUGGGCACGGGAGCGAGCAUCAAGCAACACCACCGCAAUGUGUUUCGAGCGCUGAAAACGGCAGCACACUUGCCUUCUGCCUCACCGGACUGUGUUCACACUCAUCAACACAUGAGCUGAGCUGUGAACAAGGACGCAAGACGGAGAGAGCGCGGAAAAACACAGCGAGGGGCCACAGUUUGUCAGCCAUCGACCCUCUGCUGCUGCUACUGCUGUAUAUAUACCGUGUCGUAGUAGAAUCCCUGUGUCAUACAUGCUACCUGUAUGAUAACCAGACUUUAUUCACAUACUGUACCCGCAACGAAACGAUGUUCUGUAACUGUUUGUAUUUGAGGAUUUCCUGCCGAUGGCUGUGUCUUUAUGUGGAUGUGUUUCACAAAUGCAACAAAUGCAACAGCCUGGUGUGCUGCUGCUGUCUGGCCCGUUUUAGAUGCUGUUCACUACUAAAGCUGACGAGAAUGUGUUCGUGGUCUGUCUCAAUACCAUCAACAAUUUUUGAUGAUGAAUCAGAGGUGUAACUUCGCAGUGUCCUGAUCUCCACCUGGUGCGUUUAUUUUACUUAGCUGGACUGAAUCCCUUUGUGUUGAUUCUAUCUGCUGGUGAAAAUUGCCAUAUUAAACCCAAAUGAUUUACAUAUA